CAGCCCCCCGCCCUCCCCCGGGCAGCGGCCGUUGGGAGGCGCCGCCAUCGCGGCCGGGCCCCGCCCCCCGCGCCCAUGGGCGCCCGGCGGCCGCGGGCGGUGGCAGCGCCUCCACGGGCGGCUGCGGGCAGGGCCUGAGCACGAAAGAAUUUUGGCACUUUUUUAUUAAUGAAGAGACCCUUGUUAUCGCCAAUGUGCACGUGAAAUGGAAAGGGAACAUAUGGAAAAUGGCUUCUGUUUCAACCUUGCAAGAUGCUGCAUGAAGUGGUGGAGUGUUUUAUUUAGUGCUGUCAUUCAUACAAUUUCUGAGCCUUUUUUUUUUUUCCAGAAGCAACUAUGGCCAUCGUAAAGAAGUUUAAGUGACAGCUCUACUUGACCAAAAUGGUGGACACUGAAAACCAGCUCUAUCCACUUACUCCCUUGGAGGAGGAUGAUAUAGGUAGCCCUUUAUCUGGAGAGUUUCUACAAGAGAUGGAGAAUAUUCAAGACAUUUCUCAGUCUCUAGGUGAUGAUAGCUCUGGAGCUUUAAGUUUAACAGAGUUUCAGUCACUGGGGAAUGGUCCAGGAUCUGACGGAUCAGUCAUAACAGACACCCUUUCACCAGCAUCCAGUCCUUCAUCCAUUAAUUUUGCCACAGCUCCAGGUAGCAUAGAUGAAUCACCCAGUGGAGCAUUAAACAUUGAAUGUAGAAUUUGUGGGGAUAAAGCCUCAGGCUACCAUUACGGAGUACAUGCUUGUGAAGGUUGUAAGGGUUUUUUUAGGAGAACAAUCCGAUUAAAACUCAUCUAUGAUAAAUGUGAUCGCAACUGCAAAAUUCAGAAAAAAAAUCGUAAUAAGUGCCAAUACUGUCGUUUUCAAAAGUGCCUUUCAGUUGGAAUGUCACAUAAUGCAAUACGUUUUGGACGAAUGCCAAGGUCUGAGAAGGCCAAGUUGAAGGCAGAAAUUCUAACAGGUGAAAGUUAUAUUGAAGAUUCAGAAAUGGCAGAUCUUAAAUCACUUGCUAAAAGAAUUCAUGAUGCUUACCUGAAAAACUUCAAUAUGAACAAGGUUAAAGCCAGAGUCAUCCUUGCAGGGAAAACUAAUAACAAUCCACCAUUUGUUAUACACGAUAUGGAUACCUUGUGCAUGGCAGAGAAGACUCUUGUGGCAAAAUUGGUAGCCAAUGGCAUUCAGAAUAAGGAAGCAGAAGUUCGAAUCUUCCACUGCUGCCAGUGUACUUCUGUAGAGACUGUCACAGAACUUACUGAAUUUGCCAAAUCUAUCCCUGGCUUCUCCAAUCUUGACUUGAACGAUCAAGUGACACUGUUGAAAUACGGAGUUUAUGAAGCCAUCUUUGCUAUGUUAGCAUCAGUAAUGAACAAGGAUGGGAUGCUGGUAGCCUAUGGAAAUGGUUUUAUAACACGGGAGUUCCUGAAAAGUCUGAGAAAGCCAUUCUGUGAUAUAAUGGAGCCAAAAUUUGAUUUUGCAAUGAAAUUCAAUGCACUGGAAUUGGAUGAUAGCGAUAUAUCGCUUUUUGUCGCUGCCAUCAUUUGCUGUGGAGAUCGUCCUGGUCUUGUAAAUGUAGGACACAUUGAAAAAAUGCAAGAGAGCAUUGUGCACGUACUGAAACUUCACUUGCAAACCAACCAUCCUGAUGAUACCUUCCUCUUCCCAAAACUUCUUCAAAAAAUGGCUGACCUCCGACAACUUGUCACAGAACAUGCUCAACUUGUUCAGAUAAUCAAGAAGACUGAAUCUGAUGCACAUUUACACCCUUUACUACAGGAAAUCUACAGGGAUAUGUAUUAAGGAUUUUUAGUAUUUUUUCCACAAUAUUUAAAGACAACAGCAAUAUUAAUAAUAGAUGGGAGCAAAACAACUCAGUUAUCAGCUGAUCACUCAGUUCAGUACAUGAACAGUUUAAAAGCUAGGUAACGGGAGUGCUACACUUCUUUUGGUUUGGGUUCUUUUCUUUUUUGAAAGAGUUCUGCAGAAAAACACUGAUUAUAAUGCUCAUGAAGUGUCUUACAGCGGUUCUUUUAUUUGGAAAUCUGAAGAUUGGUAAGGAAUUCAUAUUUGUAUAAUAAAUCAGAAUGCUAAGUAACAGAAAUGAAAAAAAAAAAACAAAAAACAACAUAUAUUUCCUCUUGGCUUAGUCAUUUAAAGUUAAAAUAACAAAUUCAGCAAAUUCUUCCCAGAUAUAUAUAUGUAUGAAGAUUACACAUUCUUGGCUAACGGUAAUUACUGAGAACCAACUAAUGAUUUUUCUUAAAGGCAGUCAGUCUAGGUGUAUCAAAUGGUUUGAUAUUAUUGCAUAUACACUACUAAAAAAUUUGAAAGACUUUGAUGUGCCACUGCUUGAAUUUCAUGAAGUGCAGUACAGAUUCAUAUAGUAUGACAUUGGUGUACUUUAGGAUUAGAAUGUUGAAAGGAAGUACUUUUGAGAAAUUGAAUAAAAUCCUAAGUGGUA